GAAAUUUCCGGUUGUAUGUUUCCGGGAAAAUAUCAGCGACUGUGGGUGCUUUGUAGUUGUUUGCAAGAUCAGUGCUAGGCAAUCAUUUAUAGAGAUUUCUUGUUCAACUGAAUGUCUUCAACCCUCUAACAUGUCAAAAUUUGAUAAUAGAAUCGAGGAAAGGAAAUCGGUUUUGGUUAUUUUGGACAGCUGCGUAUGUGAAGAAUGGGAAGAUAUAAAAAACAGCUAUUUAAUACCAUCAUUAAGGGUAAUUAGUGGACUCGGUGCUGAUUCAUCUGAGCAACCUCAACUUUACGAAACUAGAGUAUGCUUGUGCACGUACUCUCCUGAUUAUUUUGAUGUGAUGUCGCCAUCAAUAAACAAUUCAGUAGACUUUGUUCAAUUUGUGGAUACUCUAAUAGAAUCACACGUUUCGAAUUUUGUUGCUGAAAGUUACUUCCCAUUGAGGAGGACUCUAACGUCAGCAAUUCAAUUAUUUUCAAAGAAACAAACAGCUAAAUAUAUUUUAUUGUUUACCGCAUCAAAACCUGUUGAAACGUUAUUAAAUGGAAAUGACACAUUAGCACAAGUGGGCAAAUUAUUAGUUGACGAAAACAUUAAAUUAUCUGUAUUUUCUACAAUAUCAUCGCCUUUAUAUACAAAAGUUUUUGAAUAUGUCAAUCAAGAACAAGUAGAAGCUAGAAAAUACGCUGUUCAAUUAAACCAUCAAAUUCUUCUUAACGGGUUCAGUCUGCCCGAGCAUGAUAUAAUUUCUGAAGAUGACGAUGAUAUAUUACAGCCACAACCGCAGCAGCAGCAGCAGCAGCAGCAGCAGCAACAACAACAACAACAGCAGCAGCAGCAACAACAACAACAGCAGCAACAACAGCAGCAGCAACAACAACAACAGCAGCAGCAACAACAGCCGCAGCAGCAGCAUCUCCAUCAUCAGCCGCAGCAGCAGCAACAACAGACACAACAACAACAUCAACAGCAGCAGCAACAACAGCAGCAUCAACACCAACUCCAGAACCAACGGCUUCAGCAGCAUCAGCAGCCUCCGCCGUUGCCCAACCUUCAAAAUCCACUUUCACAAGGCACAGUGCACUUAUCUCAGUCCCAUCCAAAUUCAACUAUAGUAUCAACAAUAAAAACAGAACCUUCAGAUACUGGCCGUCAACAAGAACAACAACCGGUAAUGUCAAAUCCAAGACUUACUUCCCAAGCCGGUGCGGCUCAGCUACUGGAAAGAACUGUUUGGCGGGGUACUAUCGAUUGGAUGGAAAAGUCGAAAACUAAUGAGGGCCAAAGAGUGACUCAUAGUUUAUCGUGUCAAAUGGUUAAAGCGAGUAAUGAUUUUAUAUGGGAUACAUCGAAAUGGCCUGGUACAUUAAAUAUGCAACUAUUGCCAGGAACUGUAUUAAACCCACUGUUGCAAGCUUGGAAGACAAAGUGUUCUAUUGUUUAUCUUUUUUUCAAUAACGUUGACCCAAACAGCCUUACUAACUUGAAAAAUCAACUUAUGAGUCAUAUGAGAGGAUGUAUACAUUUCCCCGGUUCACGCGAAUUAAAGAUAAUCACGUUGAUGUUCAAUGCUCAAAAAAAUACAUUUACAGGUUGUAUUCCACAAGAUCAGACCUUGUUUGUAAACUCUUUAAAAAGUUAUAUAAGUCAACAUAAGCAAAUGAAUAGUGGUCCACAACAACAACAACAACAACAACAACAACAACAACAAGGACCUCGACAAAUGGUUGGAGCAAUGGUUCAGCAACAUCAAGGACAAGCGAUUGCUGCUGCAUCAGGUCAAAAUCAAACAAUGUUUAAUCAAGGAGCUAUAUCUGGUACGCAAAUAAGGUUCAGCCAACAACCUCAACAACCACAGCAGCCUCAACAACCUCAACUCAAUCAAAGACCUAUUGUGAUACAGCGUAAUUUCUCAACAACAGCAUCAGCAGCAACAACAGCAACAACAAUUACAGCAACAAGCUACUGA